UCCCGGGAUCGGAAACCAACCCUAGCGAGCACAAAAACAGUCCCUUUUCAGUCAAAAUCUUCGUCAUCCGACGCUCCUCCGCUUCUAGAAAACCCUAAAUCCCCAAAUCUCCAAUCGAGCUCAAUCCCGAUUCCAAUGGCGGAGUUCGAGGAAAUCAAGCUUGGAUCCUCAAAACCCAUGAUCGCGACUCAGCAAGAAAUGAUGGAGAACAGGGUCCCGAUCCCUUACCGCGAUCAGUGCGCUCACCUGCUGAUCCCCCUCAACAAGUGCCGGUCCAAGGAGCUUUACCUCCCAUGGAAGUGCGAGAACGAGAGGCAUUCUUAUGAGAAGUGCGAGUACGAGCUCGUCAUGGAGCGGAUGCUUCAGAUGCAGAAGAUUCGUGAGCUCGAGGAGAGGAAGAAGCAGAAAGGGAAGAUUGGGCAGGGGGUCGCGAUCCCGAUCACUCAGUAGACUGCCAACGCUUGAUCUGAUGUCAAAAGACAUCGUGCCUUCAUAUCUGCAUUUAUGCGUGGCUUUGUGUUUCUUAUGCCAUGAUUCACGAGGACUGUAAUUGGUCAUUUUGUGUUUCCUUUAAGAAAACCUCUCUGGGACUUGGAUAAAUGUGAAACCAACCCUUCCGUUGUAUUCUUCUUUUAGUUCCUGUGUCUUUUCGUUCUCAUGUUUGGAAACUUGAAAAUAAAGAGUUUGUUUCUCAGCAAUGCAUCUUUUAACUCUACAAGGAAAUGAACUUGGUUACUAUACGAGGUGAAGGUGCUAUCCCUCUUUU